AUGUGCGCUCCAUAUACAAACCAGAAGACGAGUGGACUUCUGGUCAAAAAGUGGACGAGCGUUAUACGUCUACAGAAGAAGAUCAUCGACCUGGAGUCUCGACUGGCUCAGGCGCUGCAAGACAAUGCGAACAUUGCUGCCAACCCCGCAAGCCUCAAUCAACGAAGCAACCCAGACUGGCUCCCGACAGUCGUACCUCCUAAAGUAGUCCUCACGGGACAUAGGGCCAACGUCAACGCAGUCACAUUCCAUCCCCGCUACUCUGUUCUUGUGUCUGCAAGUGAUGACAGCACGAUGAAGGUAUGGGAUUGGGAGAGUGGAGAACUGGAACGGACAGUUCAAGGGCAUACGAGGCGUGUUAGCGAUUGCGAGUAUGACUCCAAGGGGAAAUAUCUCGUGUCCGGCUCGCACGACCUUUUCAUCAAGUUGUGGGAUGCGGAAAACGAGUACAAGAACAUCGCUACGUUCAGAGGACACGACCACUCUAUCUCUACCGUCCGGUUCCUACCAGGUGAUGAUCGCAUUGUGAGUGCCAGUCGCGAUCAAAGCGUCCGUAUAUGGGAAAUUGCUACUACGCAUUGUGUCAAGGUCAUGAGACCUCACGAGAAUUGGAUCAGGACAGCAUUGCCGAGCACAGAUGGGAAAUUCCUUGUGACGAGUUGCAUGGACCACACUGCCCGCGUCGUUGAGACGACGACUGGAACAACAAGGGCAGAACUAAGAGGUCAUAAUAAUGUGGUUGAGAAUGCUGUAUUUGUGCCUGCAAACGCGGUAUCAGCCAUUCGUGAGCUCAUUGGGCUCAAGAAGGUCACUGAAUCCGAACCUGCCGCUUCAGACGAUGCUUCAUCCGUUGCAUUUGUAGUGACGGCUUCUCGGGAUCAGAAAAUCAAGAUAUGGGAUGCGCGGACAGGACAAUGCCUGCAUACCUUGAUUGGACACGACGGUUGGGUGCAUGGUCUCGUGUUUCAUCCGAACGGACAAUAUCUGCUAUCUGCUGCGGACGACGGUUCUAUCCGGAUAUGGGAUCUCAAGACCGGACGCUGCAUGCGUAAGAUGGAGACGGGCGAACGAUUCGUAUCCUCUUUAGCAUGGGGCCGGCAGACUUUGGGAGGAGUUGCAUCCAACGAUGGCAAGGAUGGGCAGGCCCAAGCGCCAAGGCGAGUCAGUGUCAUCGCCUCGGGGUGCUGGGAUUACACCGUGAAAAUCUGGAAGCCUUAGGAAGGCGGUCUCGGCCCGUCGAUAAGACAUGUCCUCACACCUAGGACAGAUAGACUCUACAAAUUUCCUCGUCAUACCGUUCUCUUGCUUUGUCUUUCCAAGCUCUCAUUCGCUCUGCAUCACUGCUCUCUACUAUUGUUGCUAUGUCCUUACGCCCUGUAUGAUAGCCCUAUACCGGAUUGAUAUUGAUGAUCCCCCCGUCUUUGUAUGAUUCUGCAUAUACUGCUGGCAGCAUUCCGCGAGGCCGCAGUUAUGAUCAUACUACUCCGAACUCGUUCAGAAAGUGAUGGGGGCGGUUUGAUGGCGGUGGCGCGGUUUUCC